AUCAAAUUUGAGAAAUGAAAAUUUACACGAAUUUGUAGUAUUUGUUUUUUAAUUUACGAUAAAAUGUGAAUUGUGAUUAUUACACCGCUGUGUUCUAAACAAAAUAAUUGCGUUCGUUUCAAUAUGUUAAUAGAUUAAGUAAUAACUUCACAAUCUUACAAUAAAAGGAUUUUGUUCAAUAAUAAAAUGGAUAUUGAGCCUACACCUGAAGCUCUACAAAGAAAACUAUAUUUCUUAUUAGAACAACUUCAAGACAUGGCUCGAGAAUUACCACCGAAAUACCAAAUGAGAGUUCCAAUCGAGCUUCUGUCGGGUCUAGCUAAUUGCCUCCUGAAUGAAACAGUAUUUGAAAUAGUCAAAGGCCUAAUGGAAAUUCAACAUGUUACUGAAAAACAUUUAUUUCAACAAAGACUGCAAAUAAUCAACAAACAUACCUUGGAAAUUCAGAAUAUGAUUAAUACUUCAACAAGUCCUGAACAUCAGGAAUUGCAGAAAACCAUAUUACAAAGGCGACAUAGAGAGGAACUUAAACAGACAGACAUGAAAUUAGUUAUCCAACUUGAUCAAAAAGUUAGUGAUCAACAAGUGACAUUAGAAAAAGCUGGAGUUCCCGGAUUUUUUGUUACAAAUAAACCUAUUGAAGUUAAAGUCCAGAUGUACCUAUUAGAUUUUAUAUUAAGACUAAGUAAAAUGGAAAUCCCCCAGGGAGUUAUGUGAUAAUAAAUAAUUUAUACAAUAA